GAGAAGUUAGCAUUUCGGGUGAGAUUCUUGCAACACUGCCGGCUGUAUUUUAUAUCAGUAGCCAGGUGUGGGCAGUGACUACAGGGUUUGGGAAAUCUCUUUUACCGGCCCAGGGAUCCAAGGCAUUCAGUGCAAAACCUGGACAGCAGCCCGAGUGAGUAGGAGCCAUGUGACUGGUGAGUUGGAGUGUGCGAUUGCCUCCUGCUUCAGAGCUACCUGAUCCGAAUACUAAGCAGAGCGAGUGCCGGGCUGAGCGUAAGACACUGAAGACACUGCAGAGAAAGGUGCUUAUUCCAGAAACGGUACAAGACAUGGAGAUUAAAGACCAGGGAGCCCAAAUGGAGCCGCUGCUGCCUACGAGAAAUGAUGAAGAGGCAGUUGUGGAUAGAGGUGGAACUCGUUCUAUUCUCAAAACACACUUUGAGAAAGAAGAUUUAGAAGGUCAUCGGACACUAUUUAUUGGGGUUCAUGUGCCCCUGGGAGGAAGAAAAAGCCAUCGACGGCACAGGCAUCGUGGUCAUAAGCACCGAAAGAGAGACAGAGAGAGAGAUUCGGGAUUAGAGGAUGGAAGGGAGUCACCUUCCUUUGAUACCCCAUCACAGCGAGUACAGUUUAUUCUUGGAACUGAGGAUGAUGAUGAGGAACAUAUUCCUCAUGACCUUUUCACAGAACUGGAUGAGAUUUGCUGGCGUGAAGGUGAGGAUGCUGAGUGGCGAGAAACAGCCAGGUGGUUGAAGUUUGAAGAAGAUGUGGAAGAUGGAGGAGAAAGGUGGAGCAAGCCUUAUGUGGCUACUCUCUCACUGCACAGCUUGUUUGAGUUAAGAAGUUGUAUUCUGAAUGGAACUGUGUUGCUAGACAUGCAUGCCAACACUUUAGAAGAAAUUGCAGAUAUGGUCCUUGACCAACAGGUGAGCUCAGGUCAGCUCAAUGACGAUGUACGUCACAGAGUUCACGAGGCACUAAUGAAACAGCAUCACCACCAGAAUCAGAAAAAACUCACCAACAGGAUUCCCAUUGUUCGUUCCUUUGCUGAUAUUGGCAAGAAACAAUCAGAACCAAAUUCCAUGGAUAAAAAUGCAGGUCAGGUUGUUUCUCCUCAUUCUGCUCCAGCCUGUGUUGAAAAUAAAAAUGAUGUGAGCAGGGAGAACAGCACGGUUGACUUCAGCAAGGGACUGGGAGGCCAACAAAAGGGGCACACUAGUCCAUGUGGCAUGAAACAAAGGCAUGACAAAGGACCUCCACACCAGCAAGAGAGAGAGGUUGAUCUGCAUUUUAUGAAAAAGAUUCCUCCAGGUGCGGAAGCUUCAAACAUCUUAGUGGGAGAACUGGAGUUCUUGGACAGGACUGUAGUUGCGUUUGUCAGGUUGUCUCCAGCUGUUUUGCUUCAAGGACUGGCUGAAGUCCCAAUCCCAACGAGAUUUUUGUUUAUUCUUCUGGGACCUCUGGGAAAGGGUCAACAGUACCAUGAGAUUGGCAGAUCAAUUGCAACCCUAAUGACAGAUGAGGUAUUUCAUGAUGUUGCUUACAAAGCUAAAGACCGUAAUGACUUGGUAUCGGGAAUUGAUGAGUUUCUGGAUCAAGUCACUGUUCUCCCUCCAGGGGAGUGGGAUCCAAGCAUUCGAAUAGAGCCUCCCAAAAACGUUCCUUCCCAGGAGAAGAGGAAGAUUCCUGCUGUGCCAAACGGAACAGCAGCUCCUGGGGAAGCAGAGCCCCACGGGGGACAUAGUGGCCCUGAACUCCAGCGAACUGGAAGGAUUUUUGGGGGCCUUAUUUUAGAUAUUAAAAGAAAAGCUCCAUACUUCUGGAGUGACUUCAGAGAUGCUUUCAGCCUGCAGUGCUUAGCAUCUUUUCUAUUUCUCUACUGCGCGUGUAUGUCUCCUGUCAUCACAUUUGGAGGACUGCUGGGAGAAGCAACUGAAGGACGGAUAAGUGCAAUCGAAUCUCUUUUUGGAGCGUCCAUGACUGGGAUUGCCUAUUCUCUCUUUGGUGGACAGCCUCUCACCAUAUUAGGCAGUACAGGACCAGUUUUGGUGUUUGAAAAGAUCUUGUUUAAAUUUUGCAAAGAAAAUGGGCUGUCCUACCUGUCUUUAAGAGCUAGUAUUGGACUUUGGACUGCCACUCUGUGUAUCAUACUUGUGGCCACCGAUGCGAGCUCUCUUGUCUGCUAUAUCACCCGCUUCACUGAAGAGGCUUUCGCUUCUCUGAUUUGCCUCAUUUUCAUUUAUGAGGCCCUAGAGAAGUUGUUUGAACUCAGUGAAGCAUAUCCAAUCAACAUGCAUAAUGACUUGGAACUGCUAACACAGUACUCGUGUAACUGUGUGGAACCACAUAAUCCGAGCAAUGACACAUUGCAGGAAUGGAGAGAGUCCAAUAUUUCUGCCUCUGACAUAAUUUGGGAGAACCUAACUGUGUCGGAAUGCAAAUCAUUGCAUGGAGAGUAUAUUGGACGAGCCUGCGGCCACGAUCACCCGUACGUUCCAGAUGUUCUCUUUUGGUCAGUGAUCCUGUUCUUUUCCACAGUUACUCUGUCAGCCACCUUGAAGCAGUUCAAGACUAGUCGCUAUUUUCCAACCAAGGUUCGAUCCAUAGUGAGUGACUUUGCUGUCUUUCUUACCAUUCUGUGUAUGGUUUUAAUUGACUAUGCCAUUGGGAUCCCAUCUCCAAAACUACAAGUUCCAAGCGUUUUCAAGCCCACCAGAGAUGAUCGUGGCUGGUUUAUUACACCUUUAGGUCCGAAUCCAUGGUGGACAGUAAUAGCUGCUAUUAUUCCAGCUUUGCUUUGCACUAUUCUAAUUUUUAUGGACCAACAGAUCACAGCUGUCAUCAUCAACAGGAAAGAGCAUAAGCUGAAGAAAGGUUGCGGGUACCAUCUGGACCUAUUAAUGGUGGCUUUAAUGCUGGGAGUGUGCUCCAUCAUGGGCCUGCCGUGGUUUGUGGCCGCCACUGUCCUCUCCAUCACUCACGUCAACAGCCUGAAACUGGAAUCAGAAUGUUCAGCUCCAGGAGAACAACCCAGAUUUCUUGGCAUUCGGGAGCAAAGGGUUACGGGGCUUUUGAUUUUUAUUCUUAUGGGUUCAUCAGUCUUUAUGACCAGCAUUCUGAAGUUUAUUCCCAUGCCAGUUCUGUAUGGAGUGUUUCUUUAUAUGGGUACUUCAUCUUUAAAGGGAAUUCAGUUGUUUGAUAGAAUAAAGCUAUUCUGGAUGCCUGCAAAACAUCAACCAGAUUUUAUAUAUCUAAGGCAUGUUCCACUUCGAAAAGUCCAUCUCUUCACGGUUAUUCAGAUGAGUUGCCUUGGCCUUUUGUGGAUAAUAAAAGUUUCAAGAGCUGCUAUUGUCUUUCCCAUGAUGGUGUUAGCUCUGGUAUUCGUAAGAAAGUUAAUGGACCUUUUGUUUACCAAACGGGAACUCAGCUGGCUGGAUGACUUAAUGCCUGAGAGUAAGAAAAAGAAGCUAGAAGAUGCUGAAAAAGAAGAAGAACAAAGUAUGCUAGCUAUGGAAGAUGAGGGCACAGUACAGCUCCCAUUGGAAGGGCACUAUAGAGAUGAUCCAUCUGUGAUCAAUAUUUCUGAUGAAAUGUCAAAGACUGCCUUGUGGAGGAACCUUCUGAUUACUGCUGACAACUCUAAAGAUAAGGAGUCAAGCUUUCCUUCUAAAAGCUCCCCUUCCUAAUCACUCUAGAAGCUGAUUCCCCAAAGCAUUGAAAGCCGAAAGGAGAAGAAAGCUGACUCAGGGAAAGGUGUUGACAGGGAGACUUGUCUAUGACUUGAUCUUCAAUUUAUUUUUUACAUAUAUAUGAGAAGAGUGCCACAAUUAUUAAUAAAACUGCUUUGAUCAUGUAUUGUAAAUUCUGUCUCUCGUCCCAAAUCCACCUUCAUACUGUAAGUAGUGCUAUACUUGUUUCAUUUCUGUGUUUGAACUUCUGAGCAGUGAGACACCCUUGUGAGCAUAUACAGUAGCUGAUCAAAGAAUCUCUGUGUUCCUUGCUGUAUGUUGGACAUUUGUAAGCACUGGAUUCUCAUUGUUAGUUUUAUGGGAGCAACUGCUUUCUUAAAGAGAUAAGUCAUAUUCACCCAGUUUGUAUUUUCCUACUUUAGUGACCUGAAGAUACCUGAUAAUUUCAUUCAGAAGAAUUUUGAAACGUAGUUUUACUUCUUUUUAUUUUUUAUAGCUUAGCAUCAGUGACUUAUGUCAAAAGACCCAAAUCAGAAAGUUAGUUUGAAAGCAUUUUUUAAUAAUUGUAUUUAUGCAUUUCCUUGAUUUAAUAUGAUACAUUUAAUACUUAAAAAUUUGUAUGUUACUAAAACCUAAAGCCAUUUGGAAAAAUAUGUGGAAACCUGCUCAUGGCUUGUGCAGAGUCAAGUAGUAUUUGCUUAAAAUUCAAAUUGUGAUUAUAUGACCAAGUCCUAGGCUUGUAUGAAAUGCAUUUGAAAAACUUUGUAAGUUUUGUGCAAUUUUCAAUGUAAACCUUUAUCAAGAAUACACUAUUAAGUUUCUCUCCCAUUGACAACAAAUGUUUUCCAAAUAAACCUACUAUAUACAA